GUGGCGGCAUGGCGGGGAUGCUUAGAGAGGUGUGCGGUGCGGCCGCGUCGGGGCUGCGGGUCCGCUUUGGGCCCAGUCCUACAGGUUUCCUGCACCUGGGCGGCCUUCGCACCGCGCUGUACAAUUACGUCUUUGCCAAACAGCAGCGGGGGACCUUCGUACUGAGAGUGGAGGACACAGACCAAGGCCGGGUGGUGGCCGGGGCCGCCGAGAGCAUAGAGGACAUGCUGCACUGGGCAGGCAUUCCCCCUGAUGAGAGCCCUCGGCGUGGUGGUCCCUUCGGCCCCUACCAGCAGUCCCUCAGGCUCGACCUCUACAGGGCUGCCAGCGAAGCACUGCUGGACCGUGGCGCUGCAUACCGCUGCUUCUGCACCCCACAGCGCCUGGAGCUGCUGAGGAAGGAGGCCCUGCGCAACCAGCAGACCCCGCGAUAUGACAACCGGUGCCGGCACCUGACACCCAAGGAGGUGGCUGAGAAGCUGGCACAGGGCCUGGACUGGGUCGUGCGCUUUCGACUGGAGCGGGGUGUGGAGCCCUUCCAGGACCUGGUCUAUGGCUGGAACAAGCACGAGGUGGCGGAGGUGGAGGGUGACCCGGUGAUCCUCAAGGCAGAUGGCUUCCCCACGUACCACCUGGCCAACGUGGUGGAUGACCACCAUAUGGGCAUCAGCCACGUCCUGCGUGGGACUGAGUGGCUUACUUCAACAUCCAAGCACCUCCUCCUCUACAAAGCCUUUGGCUGGGAUCCCCCGCAGUUUGGGCACCUUCCACUGCUUCUGAACAAGGAUGGCAGUAAGCUGUCCAAGAGGCAGGGGGACAUCUUCCUGGAGCGCUUUGCCCAGGAGGGCUACCUACCCGAGGCUCUGCUGGACAUGAUAACCAACUGCGGCUCUGGGUUUGCAGAGAAACAGAUGGGGAGGACUUUGGAGGAGCUGAUCUCGCAGUUUGAAAUAGGCAGAAUUACAACCCAUUCUGCAUUACUGGAUCUUGAGAAACUCCCAGAAUUCAACAGGAUGCACCUCACUCGCCAUAUUGAGAAUGAAGGGCUACGGCAGAAGCUAAUUCAAGAGCUGCAGUUGCUGGUGGAGGACGUCUAUGGGGAUCAAGAAGUGGAUAAAGAGGUUCUGGAAAAGGAGUACGUGGAGCAAGUCCUCCUGCUGAGAAAAGGCCACAUAAGCCAUCUGAAGGACCUGGUGUCGGACAACUAUUCCUACUUGUGGGUUAGGCCCUCGGUGUCCCGAGAGCAGCUACAGAUGAUUUCUGCAGAAGUAGAUGAAAUAGGAAAACUAGUCCUAGGGCUUAUGACAAAGCCAGCAGCUGUUUGGACCAUCGAGGAGUUGAACAAAGACCUCAGAAGUCUCCAGAAGCAGACCAGAGAGACCAAGUACAGCAGCAUGAUGAAGCUCCUCCGCCUGGCUCUCAGUGGGCAGCAGCAUGGACCGAGCGUUGCUGAGAUGAUGGUGACAUUGGGCCCCAGAGAAGUGUGUGGAAGGAUCAGCAAAGUGCUAUCCAGCUAAUGUGAGACCCACGGCACAGAGCCGGACUUCUUGGUGACGCUGUGAUUAUCUCCAAUCAGAUGUGCUGGGCUUUGGGCCACGCAGGUGUCUGUGUCUGUACACUCAGCUUGAGGCAGUCUGUGUGGGAGAGGAACUGCAUACAGAGGGAGGUCUGUCCUUGUGCUGUCACCCUGUGGAAAUAGCCAAGCGUUCCGCCUGGGAUCCAGAGACUUCUAUCAGCAGUUCAUGCUCGCAGUUGGAAGGCAGUGCUGUGCCAGCUGCCCACCUUGCUCCAGGCACUGCCCUACAGCUAGAGGAGCCUGGCCAGCACCAGAGCAGUGUAAGGGGGGUGGGGGGUGAGCAGCUGCUACCUGCUGCUGUGGAGAAAGGACUUAAACUCGCUGCCGUGUGCGUGGUUCAGCUGAAAUGUGGAACUCAGCCAAUCGGAGGGCCGGGCUUUAAGUGUUAAAUCGCUCUGGUGACAACUGUCACCAAAACCA